CUGCCCGCCCGGAGCGGGAGCGGAGCUCGGCCGGGCCGGGCCCGCUGGAGAAGCCCCGCCCGCCCGACUGGGGGGGCCAUGGCCGAGCGGGCCGCUGCCCAGGCUCCUGCUGUCCCUGAACACACUCCUGUGAGUGAAGCCCAUCAUCACACUACAGAGAUCUCCUUGUGGACAGUAGUGGCUGCCAUCCAAGCCGUGGAGAGGAAGGUGAAUUCCCACGCCAUGCGAUUACUGAAUCUGGAGGGGAGAACAGGGACAACUGAGAAGAAGUUAACAGACUGUGAGAGAACAGCGAUGGAAUUUGGUAACCAGCUGGAGAGUAAAUGGACUAUUUUGGGAACUCUGAUCCAGGAGAAUAACUUCUUGCAAAGGAGGCUGGAGAACAUGGAGAACCUGCUAAGAAACAGGAACUUUUGGAUCUUAAGAUUGCCCCCAGGCACUAAGGGAGAAGUCCCCAAGGUGCCACUGACAUUUGAUGACAUCUCAGUCUAUUUUAAUGAGCAGGAGUGGGAGAACUUAGAGGAAUGGCAGAAAGAGCUUUACAAGAAUGUGAUGAAGGGGAACUAUGAGACCGAUUCUUGGGUUAUUCUCCAGUUUCUUUGAUUUCCAGGGAUCACUACUUCCCAGGCAUUUGCAAUAGACAGUCAUACACACACCCCCUCCUAUUUAAAACUAAAUUGGAAACUGCAGAUAUAGAUCUGGUCCAGUGCUUCCUAGCUGCAGAUAACUGUUGUAGUUACAUGCCGCAGAGUAUGUGAGUAGCCUGUUCAAUAGUUGUGAUGCCUUUUAUUUAAUACUAGUUUUCCCAAACACUUUGAAACAUGUAGAAUGUCUCCCAGGACUUCAAGGACUUCAGAACAGGUUCAGCAAAUUUAGGUGACUUGUCAGGUCACGAAGAGGAGUCUGUGGCAGAGCAGGAAUUGAACCCAGGUAUGCUGAGUAGAGACCAGUCCUGAAUACAAAACCAUCCUUCAUUUCCUUAACGAGCCAGAUCACCCAUCCUGUGUAAAAUCAACUUCUGCUGAUUUACAAUGGUAGGACUGAGAUUUAUCAGCUAGUUCUCUGAGUGAUGUGUCAAGUUUCCUACGCAAUUUGAACCUUCGCAUUCAUAAACUGAGAAGCUAGCAUG